GGGUGAUGACGUCGCCAGGAAAAGCGAGCGGCGGUGGCUGUGCUGCUGCUGUUGUCGCGCUGGUUCUGCGUCCAGCCUGCCUGCUGUGGAGUGGACUGGGACCUGAAGGAUGUUGGAGUGACCAUCAUGGGCCAUGCCCUAUGUAUCUGCUCAAGGGGGACUAUCACCAUCAAUAACAAACGUUACCUUUUAAUCCAUAGACUUGGGGAAGGUGGCUUCAGCUACGUGGACCUUGUAGAGGGGCUGCAUGAUGGACGCUUCUAUGCACUGAAACGCAUCAUAUGCCACGACAAGGAUGAUCGCCAGGAAGCCACCCAUGAGGUCGAGAUGCACCAGCUCUUUGAUCACCCAAAUAUCUUGCCUCUCUGUGCAUAUGCCAUGGUGGAGAAAGGAUCCAAACAUGAGGCGUGGCUGCUACUGCCCUUCCUCAAGAGAGGGACCCUCUGGCAGGAGGUUGAAGCUCUUAAAGACAAAGGUGUUUUCAUGUCUGAGGAACGAAUCCUUACCAUCCUUCACGGUCUCUGCCGGGGCUUGCAGGCCAUUCAUAACAAGGGUUAUGCACACAGAGAUCUGAAACCUACAAAUGUGUUGCUGGAUGACGAUGACCAACCAUUGUUGAUGGACCUAGGCUCUAUGAAUCAGGCACACAUUGAGGUGCGGAGCUCACGGGAAGCCAUGACUUUGCAGGACUGGGCUGCUCAACGCUGCACUAUCUCUUACCGAGCACCAGAACUUUUCACUGUUGAACGUGACUGCAUUAUUGAUGAACGUACCGACAUCUGGUCCUUAGGCUGUGUUCUGUACUGUAUGAUGUUUGGUGAGGGGCCUUAUGACAUGAUCUUCCAAAAGGGGGACAGUGUGGCCUUGGCUGUGCAGAAUGAUCUCAGUGUACCCCAGAAUACCAGGUACUCACCUGCCUUGGAACGUCUCCUCUCCUCUAUAAUGAUAGUGAAUCCUCAGCAGCGCCCAUACAUUGCUGACAUCAUCUGCCAGCUUGAAGAGAUACAGCCACCCCCUGCUGGACAGGACAACACACGCAUCUGAGCCCACUGAAUAUUUGGAAGAGAUAGGGUCAGGAGAGGAGCUGCAGCCCAGAUGGGACCUCAAGAGGUUAAGUUCAAAGCCAAGACAUAUUUCUGUUCUCUGCUUGACACCUUCCUUCAGGCACUCUUCCACAGUGGGGCCACCUCUUGCUUUGGGAUUGUUAUAAUUUGGCCUUGUCAUUUUCACUGGUGCCCUAGCAUGCAUUUCAAGAAUCUUACUGGGUCUCAACUUGUCUGUUGGCAGCUUGCUCCCCCCCCCCCCACCAAAUAGGAUGCUGUGCAAGGCAUCCAAGAUACCUCAUCCGUUGGGGGAAAGAUGGCCCCAUUAAGUUUUUAAAAACUUAACUAUAGCUUCUAAUUAUUGUUGGGCUGGUGCCCUAUUUAUUUUGGUGCAGGCACACCCUCAGUGCCUGUGUGUUGAAUAAAGUCUUUACAAUAUA